AUGCGAGGGAGUCCGUGGAAAGCACCUACCGAUGGACGGGGUAAGGGUCUCGGGAGUAUCGUCACUCGGGUGAUCCGCGAAAAAUGGUCCUCUGGCGAGGCGGACGUGGUCGUCCUGAGGCUAGUGAGUGGACUCCGCGACGGAGAGGCAUCUGCCGCGCUUCGCGCUGUCGUCGACUAUCAUAUGACCCAAGAGCGCGCGGAUAUCGCCAACGCCGGAGCAUGCAUUCGGAAAGAGAUCCACUGA